AUGGACGCUCUGGAACCUGUGAACGAGGCGGAGCGGCUGAAGGAAGAGGCCGAGAUCCGCGAGCGGGACCGCAAGCGGCAGCAGGAGCGUGAGGAGCGGGAGCGUCGGCUGGCAGCGGAGCGGGAGUCGGAGGACCGCCGGCGGCGUGAGGAGGAGGAGCGACGCAUCGAAGAAGAGAAACGGCGGCGGCGGCAGGAGGAGGAGUGGCGCCGCCUCGGCACUGAUAUCAUACAAGACCUUCCUCCCGUUCCGCCCUCCAUCGUUGCCGACGGCCUCGUCGAGGCAUGGUAUCUUGAUGAUGAGACAUCAAAGCCUACGUUGCGCACAGCCAGUCUCAAAAAGGGGCGCAGACGCGACACCCCUCCCGUCACUCUACAGCAGCUCAAAGAGCUGGGAGUCGUUUACUUCAAUGUCAGCUUGAACGAUUUUACUGUGGUGAAGCAAAUUGUAAAGGAGCGACAGUACAAACAUACAGAUGAAAUUCGCGUUUCACAAACGUGUAAGGAUGAGCAAUUUUUGGAACGUUGGUUUCAGGAGCAUUACAACGAAGAUGAACAAAUACGUGUUGUAAUUGAUGGUUCUUGUUAUUUUGAUGUGCGCUCCAAACAGGAUACCUGGAUUCGGAUUCAUGCCCAAACAGGAGAUCUCUUUAUUUUUCCUCCUGGGCUUUACCACCGUGGAACAUUGGAUGAGGACGAUUUCGUUGCCAUUUACCGCAUUUUUCAAGACUCUCCGAGAUUUGCUCCAUUUUUUCGUUCUGAUGCACGGGCGGAAUCUCAGAAAGUGCGUUUGAAUUAUUUAAUGUCUCUGAAAAAAGGGAAUGUUGCGGUAGAACUUGGAUUUAAAUGA